AUGAAGACACUUCAAAGGAAUCAAAUUAAAUUAACUUCAUGGUUUGCUACUUUAUUUCAUUCAUUUCAAUUUCUCUGCCAAAUGUCUGAACUGAAGAAAAUGACGUUAGACAGUAAGCUGUAUAAAAAUUACCGACAUUUAACAACUCCAAAUUUAUGUAAACACAUCAAUCACAUGAACAAUGUUUAA